AUGGCUGAGGAUCGUGUGGACAGAUUGGAAGGUGAGGUUAACAACUUGACUUCCAUGGUUUCGGAACAACAGAAGAUGAUGAAGGAGAUACAGGAAAUGCUUGCUGCAAUGCAUACUCGUUUUGACAACCUUUCGAGUAAUCAUAGCAGCGAGAGUUCUCACAAGCGUGGUGAGGGGGAAAGGUCUUCAGGUAGAUUCAACUCUGGACCAUCCGGCUCACAUGGUGCUGUCAUUCCAAGGGUGACAAAACUAGAUUUCCCAUGCUUCAACGGAAAUGAAGAUCCAACUAGUUGGAUUUGCCGUGCAGAGCAAUUUUUUGAAUUCCAAAAUAUUGUUGAGAAAGAAAAAAUUUCAUUGGCUGCCUACCAUUUGGAGGGGGAAGCACAAUUAUGGCAAAUGGGAUUUGUGAGAGAGUAUCAAAGUCAAUUUGAAAGAUUGCUUAGCAGAGUAGGAAAAUUACCACCAGCACAACAAGUGGGUUGCUUCAUUAGUGGCCUUAAAGAACAUCUACGAAUUGAUGUUCAAGCCCUCAAACCAGCUUCCUUAUCUGCUGCAGUGGGCUUAGCUCGCCUCUGUGAAGCCAAGUCCCAAUUUCAACAUCAACAACCUCCAUCUAAAGAAAAUGAAGAACCUUUGCCUCUAUCUCUUAGCAAAGUGAGUCCUACUACUAAGACUAUCAAGAAACUUACACCUACUGAACUCAAAGAGAGGCGAGACAAGGGCUUGUGCUUUAAUUGUGAUGAAAAAUUUGCACCAGGACAUCAAUGUAAGAAGCUAUUUUUUAUUGAGGUAUUUGUUAUUUACUGGGAUAACAACCUGUUCCUAGGACCAUUGUCAUCAAAUAUUUCCAAGCUUUCCAAGCUCGUAGAACUUUGCCUAGGAAAUAAUAAUUUCUUUGGUCCAAUUCCUGGAGAAAUGGAUUUGAUGUCCGAUCUUCAAAUACUUGAAUUGUAUAACAAUUCAUUCCAAGGGAUGAUUCCUUCCUCAAUAGGCCAACUCAGGGAGCUUCAGUCCCUUGAUCUUCGAAAAAAUGCCUUGAAUUCCACAAUCCCUUCUGAGCUAGGUCUUUGUACCAACCUCACCUACUUGGCCUUAGCAGUGAACAAUCUCGCUGGCCCACUUCCUUUGUCAUUGUCCCAUCUGACCAAACUUACCGAGUUGGGUUUAUCUGAUAACUCUCUUUCUGGUGAUAUUUCACCUAAUUUAAUUGCCAAUUGGACUGAAUUAGUUUCAUUGGAACUCCAAAAUAAUCAGUUCUCUGGGAAAAUUCCAUCAGAAAUAGGCCUGUUGACAAAGCUAAGCUAUCUUCUUAUGUUCAAUAAUACGCUCUCUGGAUCAAUUCCCUUAGAGAUAGGAAAUUUGAAAGAUCUAUUUGCUUUAGACCUUUCAGGGAACCAGCUUUCCGGUCCAAUUCCUCUGACAUUGUGGAAUCUCACAAACCUUCAAGUCUUACAACUUUUCUUUAACAAUCUUAGUGGCAUACUUCCACCAGAGAUUGGAAAAAUGAAGUCUUUGGUUACUCUUGAUCUCAACACUAACCGAUUGUAUGGACAGUUGCCAGAAACCAUUUCUCAACUAAAUAGUUUGCAGUCAUUCUCUGUGUUCACCAAUAAUUUCUCUGGCGGCAUACCCACUGACUUUGGGAAGUAUAGUCCUGAUCUAAGCUAUGUUAGCUUUUCAAACAACUUCUCUGGGGAACUGCCAUCUGAAUUGUGCAGUGGUUUUGCUCUUGAAGAUUUAACGGUGAAUAACAAUAGCUUUACAGGAUCAUUGCCAGUGUGCUUGAGGAAUUGUUCAAAGCUACAUAGAGUCCGGCUUGAUGGGAACGAAUUCACUGGAAACAUCACAGAAGCCUUUGGAGUUCGUCAAAAUCUUAAUUUCCUCACUCUUAUGGACAACCAAUUUGUUGGUCAUCUCUCAUCAACGUGGGGAGAAUGUAGAAAUCUCACCAAUUUACAGAUGGACAGAAAUAGAAUUUCUGGCAAAAUCCCUGUUGAGCUUGGGAAGUUAACCAAAUUGCAAAUUCUAACCCUGGACUCAAACAAACUAUCCGGGGAAAUUCCAACUGAACUGGGAAAUAUAGGUAUGCUUUACAAGCUUAAUUUUAGUAAGAAUCAUUUGACAGGACAGAAUCCUAGGAGUGUAGGAAAUUUGUCUAAGCUCCAGCAUCUUGAUUUGUCAGAGAACAGCCUGACUGGUAACAUGCCAAUAGAGCUUUGCAAUUGUUACGGCUUAUUAAGCUUGAACCUAAACCACAACAAGAUAUCUGGUGAAAUACCAUUGGAGCUUGGCUACCUAAGAUCAUUACAGUAUAUGUUAGAUCUCAGCAGUAAUUCGCUCUCCGGGACAAUACCACAAAACCUUGGAAAGCUUAUGAGAGUGGAGUAUCUCAAUAUCUCACAUAAGCACCUCUCUGGUAGAAUCCCAGAAACAUUGUCGAGCAUGGUAAGUCUAGGUUCCAUAGAUUUUUCUUAUAACAACUUGAUGGGACCAAUCCCAACUGGUAACAUUUUCCAACAAGCACCAGCAAAAGCUUUUGUUGGAAACUCAGGUCUAUAGGUCAAUUGGCAAAAGCAGUCGUUUUUGUGGUGACCAUAGCCUUGGCAUGUACGCGUAGCACUCCAGAGUCACGACCAACUAUGCGUUUUGUCGCACAAGAACUAUCAGAUCGAACCCACAAUUUUCCAUCUGAGCCAUUUGGCACGAUUACUUUUC